AUGUAUUGUUCUCUUUCUUUCUUUCUUUCUUUCUUUCUUUCUUUCUAUUCAUUCUUUCUUUUCAUCUAUUCUUUCUCUAUCCAUCAUUACAUUUCUUCCUUUUUUCUUUCUUUCUUCCUUUAUUUUAUUUCAUUCUCUCCGUUGUUCUUUUUUCACUCUUUCUUUACUAAAUUGCCUUUAUUUUCUUUCUUUCUUUCUUUCUUUCUUUCUUUCUUUCUUUCUUUCCGUUGUUCUUUUUCUUUCUUUUUUACUGAAUUUUCUUUUCUUUUCUUUCUUUCUUUCUUUCUUUCUUUCUUUCUUUCCGUUGUUCUUUUUCUUUCUUUUUUCUUUUCUUUUCUUUUUUUGAAUUUUCUUUCUUUCUUUCUUUCUUUCUUUCUUUCUUUCUUUCUUUCCGUUGUUCUUUUUCUUUCUUUUUUACUGAAUUUUCUUUUCUUUUCUUUCUUUCUUUCUUUCUUUCUUUCUUUCUUUCCGUUGUUCUUUUUCUUUCUUUUUUACUGA